AUGGCAGAUGAUUCGCUGUUGAGACAGUUGUUCUUUGCAGUCGGUGAUAAUUCUGCCAUCAAUAGCUCUGGGGCAGCUACAGCUAGCAGAGCAGCUAGCAGUUCUACUGGUGCAAAUGCCCCUGCCGAUCGGAUUGGCAUUGCUGAUCAUGUGGAAGAUCCUGAAGACACUGAAAACCAACAGGAGGAGCAAGGCUUGAUUGAAGAAAUGUUUCGGGCAUUCGGGGGUGACCACCAGGAAAUUGGUAAUGAAGAACCUGGGAUUCUUGAAGAGUCCUCAGCAUCCUUAGUGGAUUUCUUUGGGGCGCAAAACCAUCUAGAGAAUUUAGGCUCCAUGCUUCAAGUGGGAUUGUUCAAUCGCUUUCUGAAGUAUGCUUCGAAAAAGAGCUGCCUACCUGAUUCCAGUCCUGCAGAAGGUAGCAAGGUUUCAUCGACAGCUGCACUAACCUCCACUAUAGUGAGUCAUUUUGUGCAUUCUAAUGCAAUGAAAUCGGUAGCAGCAGUUGCAGAAGCAACUGGAAGAACUCACAAGAGGGUUGGAACUUCAUUGCAGAGAGUGGCUAGCGUCAUGGUCCAUGCAUCUGGGUGGAUGGUUGGCUGUUGUUUGUCCACAUGGAGGAGAUUGUUUCGAUCUGGCCGGUUCAAACCAGUGGCAGUGGUUGACAAAAUGUUGUACGAUGAAACACCGUUAAAGAUGAAAAUCCAAGAGUGGAAUCGUUUUCUUGGGCAAGCUGAAGGUGUAAGACAUCAAGGUCCUUUGCAAGAAACAUACAAGUUUGCCAAGAUCUUGCGUUUGGACUGGCAGCUGAGCUUCAUAGUGUGGGACAGUUUGUUGAGACGGCACAAGUUGAUCACGGUGGCCUUGCCCGUCCCUCUGAAUGCUGUGGAUCGAAAUACCUCAGAAUGUUUGUUGGCAGUUAUUGACAAAGUUCACUCUGUCAUUCCUGAAUUGGAAGCCUUCUGCAAUGAUUUUGGUCUCCGCAUCAGGGUUGGACGGUUGGGCGGUUGGACAAACAGUGACUGCACUUGUGACGAUGAAAAUGACUAUGACUAUGACUUAGUGGCGUUUUUCUUCCUGAAAAUCGUUUCCAGAGACCUCAUGGCAAUCCAGAAAACUGGUGGAACUUCUGCUGCUGGAGCUACAGCUACUGGAGCAGCUGCAGCUGACGAUGAUGGUGAUGAGGAUGCUGAACAGGGAGCAGAAAAGGAAGAUGAGGAGCCAGCUGGUCUUGAUUCCGGGGAGCCUGCAGUCGAAGGAGAGGGAACAGACUGGAAAACUUUGAAUAGGAUUCUAGAUGGGAAAGAAGCUGCUGCAGAAGUCUUCGCAAUUCCUGCUUGCAUGAGGGACGAGCUUUCUACAAGGUUCUUUGAGUUGUUUCCUACACUAGCAGGGAUCAGGAACAUGAAGGAGGAAUACAGGAACCUGAGUGCAGAGGAGUUUGCCCACUACAAACGCCUUGGACAUGCUGUACUGGAUGAAGGGGCUCGUGCAGAGGAUGAGCUCAAAGUCAUUGAGUUAGAAGAUGCCUGGACCAGACUUCAUGAACUGGUUCAACAUUCUGACCAAAAAGAAUUGGACUUUCGGAAUGGUGGUGGCAAGCCUUUUCCCAUCACAGCUUGCUCCAAAUUAGGUCGGCUCACCUUGACUGCAAGCCGUGGCGAUGACCAAAUCGAAAGCCGCACUUGCCUAGACUUCUUGAAAAUGUACUGGAACAAGGCUACGCCAUGCUUUGUCCGUUUCUACACGAUAGUGACUUCGAAAGACGAACUGAUUGAAGAAGACAUGAUGCUUCCAAAACUUGUGGAUGUCAAAUUGGAACCUGUCCCAUCCCAUCGGUUUUGGCGAGGUUCUGCUGUUGAAUUUGCUCCCAAAAUCUCAAGACACCGGAAAAGAAAACCAGAUAGUAACACCGACCAAAAAAAAGGUAUAUUGGUAAGGAAGAUGCCCCGGACUAGGGCCAGGGCCACUGGCAACGAAUCUACUACCAGUGAGGGGGAUUCAGCAACCGGACUUGAAGAAGAGGACAUUGAACCAGAUUUGGAUGAUGCCAUUGCUGAGAUGUGUCCUGACCAUGAGAAUGCAGAAUCAGAAGCAGGAGAAGCUGACGAAAUGACCGAGUGUAUGGCUGACUUGAUUCAAGAGUUUUUUGCGCAAACUGGAACUCAAGAUGGUGAUGCCUGUGACUCUGAGAAUGAUGGUGAGGAUGAUGUCAAUGAGAUUGAUCCAACAGGCGACCCUGACUUGCAGGAACCUGUUCAUCCGCUUGAAGCUGAACAGCCCGAUCAGGCAGAGAACAGACCCGGCCCUUCUGGAACUUCUGAUGCUUGCGAAUCCAGCCAUCCACCAGCAGCACCCGAUAGCAGCAGUGAUCCUUCCAGCAGCAGCAGCAGCAGCAGUUCCAGUUCUGAUGAAGCAAGUACCAAGCCCCCUGAGAGGCGUCAUGUUCCAACUGUGGCAGAAGCUGGUGCACAGUCAGCUUCUGUUCAUGAUCCAUCCACCAUAACAAUUGGCCCAUUGAAAAUUGUGAAGAGGUUUCACCCUGUCCCUUGCAUGACUGCCGCCAUAGAAGUUUUAGUGACUGGUUUUUUGGCAGUUUCCAGGUGUUUUUUAGAUUCAGGCUUUGAUGAUUUUUCUUUGAUGAAACCCAAUGUGUUUCUUGCUGGGGUUCUUCCAUCCUCAGGUUCCAAGCUAUUAUUGCAAGUGCGUGGUUCACAGCAUCCCAGGGGGAAAGCAGUGUCUCAAGAGCAUGCAGACAAACCAGCCCGAUGA